UAAAUACAGAUUCAUACCGUUAAAAAAGAGCAAGGUAUUGCUAAUAAGAAAAACUGGUUAUGAACUUUAAAUGAUAAUAUCUCGAAAGUGAAAGCAUGUGACAUGCGGCGAUUUUCCACAGAAAUAUGGCGGUUCGUUCAUCGCUUAUAAGUUUUAUGAUUGACAAUUCCGUUAUUCACAUAUCAAAUUUAAUAUAAACAAUUACACAGUGUCUUUUUAUAGAAAGUAACAUAAUGUUAUUAACAUUAAAGCCAGAUCAUAAAAAACAUGUAUUACUUCUUACGGGGCAUACACCGCAAGUUUUACAGGAUUUUUGUAAGUUGGCUCUAGAUUAUUUACAGAAAGGACCAAAUACUAAAUUAUAUAACGCAGCAGCUCAAAAAUUGGAUGUUGAAGUAAGCGUAAUUAAGAAUUCGGUGGAAGGACUUGUUAAUUUAUUAAUAGAAAGCUGUAGAUAUAAGUUAAAUUCUGAGGAUUUUAGAGAUUCAAUAAUAUCUUUAGGUUUCUCGGAACAACAAGAAGUUAUAUUAAGUAAAUUAUAUAAUGUUAAAAAAGAUGAAAUAUCAAAUACACUCAAAGAUAUUGGAUUUAAAUUGCCAGAAUACCAUGAUAUGGAAUGGAGAUUUGAAGUGCAGAUCGCUUCAAGAGCAUUGUUGAAACAAGUUGCCCCACUUAUUACAUUGGAUUUAUCAAUAAAGAAUUCUGACAAGGAUGAGAACAUUGAGCAUGUAUUACUUCAAACUGACCCUGUUAAUCUAGCACACAUAACGCAACAAUUAGAAGAGGCUCUUCAAGAAGGUUACAGUCAGCACAUUCGUAGACUUUCAAGAGCAAUAAAAUAAUAAUACUGUACUAUUAAUUAAGUGUAUAAAUACAAUAAAAUAUAUAAAUUAUAUACAUUGAA